ACAGCAUAUUAGAAAUGGAAAUAGAUCAAUGAUAUCAGUCAAGAUAUAGAAAUAAUAGAAGCUUUGAGAUGGUCAGAAAAAAUUGAAAGCCUUAUCAAAUUACGAAAUAUACAAAACAAUAUUCGGGCAACAUUAUAAAUAAUAAAAGACCUAAAAGUUCAUCAUUUCAAAAGAAAAGUAGUAAGAUUUUGAAGAACAGACCAGUCACAGCAAAUUCCUUAUACAGAAACAAACAAAGAUUUGCAACAGAGAAUGUAAAAAUGAUUCCAAAAAUAGUACCUAAGAGCAAAGCCCAGCUUUACAAUCUAAAACCAGAUGAGGUAACCACAAAGCCUCCACAGACAGCCACUAACAGGUCAACCAAUCAUCUUUCCACUGCUAAAGUGCAGUCAGUCAGCUCAAGUAGGAAGAAGGAAAAUAGUCUGAUGAACAAGACAAUUAAUAUCAUGACUGAAAGUUCAUUGGAAAGUGGAAUCAUACAGCUUUCUUCUUUGAGUCGCAAGAAUAGACCUAUCUUUGAAGCAAGCAGGAUAGGGCUUCCACUCAAACAAAAGAAAUAACAAGCAUAAAAUGAUCGAAAGUGGCAAACUGAUGAAUGAGAACAGAGAUUUUCCUAUUAACUCUUAUUGCAGAUCAAAGACUAUUAUUGUGUCAAAGAAACAAGAUAAAUAUUCCAGAAAAAGGAGUGACGCUUGUCUAUCUAAGAUUCUAACAGAGCUUAAGAGAUGAUCCAAGAUGAAAAGAAAAGUUGUCAAAAGAAGGAGAGAGACAGAAGAGAAACCUAGAAUAACUAAAUACAAUAAUUUGGUCAAUCCAAAAGCAAUCAUUAAGAAUAAGAUGCUAAUUCAUGAUAGAAUUUCAAGUGAUAGAUCCCUUAAUAACAAUAACAAGAAGAAUCAUGCCAAGAAAGUAACUUUUUCAAAAAGCAAUCAGGUGUUUCUCAUAAAAAGUGUCAAAAGAGAUCUGAAGCAGCAUCGCUUACGUGAAAGACAGAAUAAACCAAAAAUUUCAAAUUUUUUGAUGUCGGAAUAA